GGCCGGGACCUUUGGCCAGGAUCGAAUUAACCGAAAGAAUGAAUUAACCACAGUCGAAUUAAUGGAAGUCUGCUGUACUGCAUUAUUUUCUAAAGAGUGAAAACAUUCAUCUUUUGCACCACGUUCAAAUUUACCGCCAUAAUACUGUUUGAUAGAUUGCCGCUGCGCUUGAGCUAUGCCGUGGUAGUUGCAGCUUCAUUAAAUUAAUGCGCUAUAUACCGCUACAUUUCUAUAGACAGAAUCGCGGAAAGUUAGCAAUAAGUAUCGCAGUGGAAUGAAGAUCCGGAAACAUAUUGGCGAUUGCGUUAGGCGGCGCCACUUAACUCCUGGAAAUAAACGAGCUUCCUAAAUGUCAGCGGCAGAGCCCACAACAGCUGCGGAGGGUGGGUGUUGUCGAGAGACUGCGAAAGCGCGAUCGUCGGAGCGCACUUGCACCAUCGCCAGAUUCCUAGACGUCUCCCAACCAAUUAUGCUUAGGAUUCAGCUGUCCGGUACUGAUAACACCCUGGCUAGCUGGAGGAACAGCUGCUGGCUGUAAAUCUGGCACGACGAGUUGUUGCUGCUGGCUUGUGCUGCCAAGGUGCUGCGCGACGCUGGACGUCAAGUCGGCCAAGUUCCUUGGCACUGCGCUGCUAGGGAUUGUUAGUCCGGGUGCCUUGCUGCCGGAUGAAGAUGCUAUCGACUUCACGAGCGCUGUGCACGCCGAAGUACUGAAAACGUAGAAAGCACUGCGCACUUCAAUUGCUCAACACUCGUCGCCCUCGCGCACCGUGCCGCCAGUCGAGGGGUCUGUGCGCCACUUCUUUGAUUGCGCACCGACAGCCCAGUUCGGGAUCGACGGCCCUGCGAUAUCCAACGGCAGAGAGAGAGAGAGAAGCUUAGGCCGGAAGCUGCGGGGAUAUGCUUCCAUGGACUAAGCAGCAGUGUUGACUAAAACGUGGAGCGUGCGUGCGAAGCGAAAGCGGCGAUCCGGCUUUCGUUUCGCCGUCGGAAGUACCCACUACGCUGUACGCGCGAGCGUCGCAUGGGCAGGCGCGCUUACGUGCGAGUGCGCGCUCUUUCAGUGCUGUGCGUCGUUCAAGCUACUGGCGUAUGUUGCUACUACAGCUGGUGCCAUCGCUUGACCGAUGACGUGCCUGCUUGACGGUCAGGCCAGUCGCCUUGGAUGCUCUUGAUCGGUAUAGUGCACACCGGGGCCAUUCGGCUGAUGUCGGGUGCUGCGGACGUUUCGAGUUUCGCGAUACAGACCAGAACGAAUUUCUAGGUGCGACUAGGGGGAGCUUUUCCCAGUGUGUGGUUCCGUCGAUCACUUGUGAAACUUUACCGGACCGCCGUCGCGCGCGUGCUGCGCGGUCUGUAUCGAGGUGGAGUGGUGUUUGCGGCAGCCGCAUUGGAUCGCCGUAGGAGAGACGCACCUCCCUCGGGCUGCUGCACCCUGAGGCUGGUCCGCAGGAUGGGUGCACUAGUGAGCAGCUUCUUUCAGACUGGGGGACACUUGUUGUCACCAGGUGCGUCUGAGAGCACACGCCGAGUUGUCCUGGCAUUGCUUGAGGAGAUGCGCUCCAGAGAGGCAUCUCACAUCCACUGGUCAUCAAUAGAAAGUUAUCUUGUGCAGAUACCAAAGGGUGAAAACAUCUUGUCAGUGGUGGGUCCGGACAACUACAAUCUACUUCAGCGUGCCAUUGGCUUCAACUGUGUGGAGCUGGUGCGUUGGAUCCUGGGACGAGGAUGCGAUGUAAACCGUGGUGUCUGCAGCCUGCCGCUACAUAUUGCCGCCCUGCAAGGCAACGAAGAAAUCGUUGAGCUGCUGCUAAAGCAUGGAGCUCGUGUUGACACUGAGGCAAGGAUGUGCUUCCCAGGUCCACAUAAUCAAGUGUGCGAGCUUUGCAGUUCAGUGGGAGGCACUGGUCCGUCUUCUGACCGCUACUCUGAGCGCCUUCAAUCUGCAGAGUACUAUGCCAUCGACGGAGACCAUUCAGACAUCUUAGAGCUCUUGUUGGCUCAAGGGGAAGACAGCUGGCUACCCUGGCAGCAGAAGCGGCCCUUGCUGCAUCUGGCUUGCGAGCGGGGUGCCUGGAAUUGUGUCCGCUUUCUUGUUGCCGAACGCUCCGAGGAGCUCAAUCAGUGCUAUGAUGAGUACUACCCCAUCCACCAGGCUGCACUUCAGGACAAGAAGUUUUUGGAGUUGCUCAUACAGUGCGGAGCCGAAGUGAGUGCUCGUACGACAACUCAGCAGCUGACUGUGCUCCACGUGGUGCUUUUGCUGGGAAAGAAGUCUGCCGAGGAGACACUAUCAGUGCUGAGGGCCCUGCAGGACCAUGGCUGUCGAGAACUUCUCAACGAGCCCGACAGUCUGGGCAACACGCCCUUGCAUGUGCUGAUUGUGCGCUAUGCGCUGGAGGAGUCGCGGCUUGGCUACCAGGAGCCCCGCCCGUGGACUAAGUGGGACAUGCUUCAUUUAGUGCGCUACCUCCUACAGAGCGGUGCCGGGCCAAGCAUCAACCGGCCGGGCAACAGUGCAUUGGCAUGUGUUCUUCGCCACGUUCGUGACUGGGAGUUCCGCUACGAGCUGCUGGACAUGCUCCUCCAAAACGGCGGUGAUCCCAACUGUGUUGGCCGUGAUGGGUCGGCGCCACUCAUGGUGUGUCUGGUGCCUCUCAUCAACAAGGACCCGCUGCAUUCUCUUUCUCACAACAAAAAGGUGUUCUACCUCAACUCGGUGCGUCUGCUGUGUAGGUAUGGAGCAAACCCCAACUGCAAGUCACGCAGCAACCUGACCCCCAUGCAUGUGCUGGUCUUCACAGCGAGCGAGUACAUCACGCUGAACAGGGAGGAUGACAAGCGCAGUGCGUUCACCUUCAUCCGACAGCUGUUGACAGUACUUCUUCAGCAUGGAUUGGACCCUAAUGCCCGUUUCUCACAGCGAAUGCAGCACAUCUUGCUCGCUUUGUUGGACUUGGUGCAAAAUGCGAGGCUCGCUUCGGACUUGGAACAUGUGCACGCACUAACACUUGCACUCCUUGUGCAUGGUGCAGACCCGGAUGUGCAAGUUAGCUCAUCGGAUCCAGUCAUCUGCCACUCGCAGAGCUCAGUGUUCCUCAAGAAAGCCUCUAACCAGGUUCUGCACUAUUACAUCCAUCAACUGAGCCGCAAGCACGACCUUCUUAAUGACCCUGAGCAGCGGUUCGCCGACCUUAUCCGACUGUUCUAUUACACCAUGGACCACCGCAAGCUCUACAGUUGCCUCAAGAGUUUUCUGGGCCAGCCGGUGGUGCUGCCUUCAGCGACCGCUGGUUGCAUCACGCAGCUGCUGAGGUCUAUGUACAGCCAGCCACGCUCGCUCAAGCAGAUUGCCCGGGUGGCCAUACACCAGGCUCUGCGACACCAGGUUGCCACUCUGGUAGGGAAACUGUCACUCCCAGGACCUCUAAAGGAGUACUUGCUUCUCGACUGGACGCCUUAGAGUUAGCGCCCCUGCCAUCUGAUUGCCACACUGUUGCUACGACAAAGGUGUUGGGUCUUGUCUCCCUUUCUGUCUUCUCAGCGUGAAAGAAUUGCAGUGUGCAGAGACGAUGAUGUACAGACAUGUGGGCAGGCACUGUGUGAGUGUCAAUUGCGUGGCUUUGUUUGUCCCCGUCUGUUUGCACUGCAACUCUUGUUUUGAGUGCGGUGCCAGAUAGCCUGUGAAAAAGCAAUGUUGGAUCUGCCACUUUCUAUCUGGUCAAGCCUUCCCUUGCCCCCAAACUUCUUUUCCAUGCUUUUCUUUUUUUUGCUGGUGCAAGAAAGUUUGUUGUGCUUCACUUACGGUAUGUUUCGUUUUUGGUUGUGUUUAAGGGGUGCUGAAAUGCUGCUGUCCUCUCUUGUUUGUUCUUCAAUGCUUGUUUCGGUGCUUCAUACUCCUUCAUCAGUUCUGUUAUGUACUGUUGAGGGCAAAUGAAACGAAACACGAACAACUUAGGCCUAACAAGAACACAUCAUUUAAUUUCUGCUUUUUCCCCCACAUAACAUCGGCAUAAUUCUGUUUUUGUGCUUAGUUUGGGGUUUACACUAUCUUUGGCAACCGGUGAAGUGGUGGUGAAAAAAUCUUACUCGAGUUACAACUUGUAAAAGGUGUGCGGACAAAUGAAACGAAACACGAACAACUUAGGCCUAACAAGAACACAUCAUUUAAUUUCUGCUUUUCCCCCCACAUAACAUCGGUAUAAUUCUGCCUUCAUGCUUAGUUUUGGUAUUUGCACUAUCUUUGGCAACUGGUUAAGUGGUGGUGCAAAAUCUUACUCUUGAGUUACAACUAGUAAAAGGUGUUCUGCUGUAGUAUUCGACACGUGCUCAUUUUGUUUAUAUUUAAAAUUUUUCACUAGGCUAACAUCACAAUAUGACUAUUUUCCUGUUUGCAUCUCACUUGUCCACAAUAGUAUGUGGAUGAUUUCUGUUGCACUCACUGUUUGACAUGGAGGCCAGUGUUGGCUGUUUCUACUUAUACCAGAAAGCAGGGCGUGGUGAGAAGCAUGCCAAUGACAGAGAAACAAUGUGGUGGCAUUGACGGCCGUCACUGCAUCGUGCAUGGAUCGACUGAAAAUUGAGCAUGUUGGUAGGCAUUCAUGUUGCUGAAAAGCGGGCAUGUGAACAAGGACACAGGUAGCAACAAAAAGGUGUUUGUGUUCUCCUUUGCGUUCCUUCUGGUAUCUGUGUUAGCAGCCUGCCUUUCAAUAACAUGAAUCAUGCAUGGGUUUGGCUUUCUCUGCCACCCAGUAUAGUAUUAACAAUGAUGGAGGCGCCAAAUAAAAAAUAAAUAAUCUUCAGCUUUUAUGAAGGCUGCUUUAGGGCCCCUUUGAGGUUUUGAUUUCGUGCAAAGCCUAAAUUAUUAUAUGCCGAUAUGUAAUGUGAAAGUUGCUUGUCAUGAUAAAGAUUUCAGGUUGAGAACCUUACCUUCGCUUUUGUAAAGGCAUUAAGCGACCGGCCAUCAUAGCACGUUCUCGUGAAGUCUUUCUCACUUUAGAUUAUGGAUUCUCGUUCUCUUUAAACAUGCAUUUUUACUUUAUUGUUCAACCUAGAUUCUAGUUAUACUUCUUGUUCUACAUUAUUCAUGGAUAAGCGCAGACAGGUCGCAGCUAUAGGCAGCACACAUAACAGGUUAAGAACGGGGCACCCCGAGAAUAAUGCAGGAUUAUAAAGGAACUGAAAUAGUGCAAUAUUGUAACAAUAUUGUAUAGUGUAAUAUUGUAACACAAAAAAAUGGAACUAUCUGUAGAACUUCUUAUGCAUACAAUAAGCAUUCUGAAUAUUUUUAUCACAUUUUUAACUCAAGUAAAAGCUAAUCCUGCUACACAAUAUAAAUGCCAUCAUUAUUUUGACAUGCCAGAGCUUGUGUUGCAGGUACUAAUUAGUUAAAGUAAUAAUCAAGUGCCAAAAAGAAUAGUACAGUAAUUAGUAUUGUGCUUGCAAAAAUGAAUAAAAGCCAUCCAUGGAAAGAAAUGAACACUACAAGUUAAUUCAAAUAAAGGAGAAAAAAUGCUGCACAAAUUUAGCACAUAAACAUACACAGCAAGGUCCUUUGGAUAGCAGCAUAAAGCAAAAGCACACCAAAUAAAGCACACCAUUAGUGAAAGAUAUUGCUCAAGCAUCGGGACAAUAUGUUCUACACUGAAUGUGAAGCUAUGCAACUAAAGUUGUGGACAAUAGUGUAGGACAUCUUCAACAAUGAACUUUAGAAAAACUUCUACAGGGUACUUCCACAUGUAAAACCUCGACAUAAUGAUCACAGAUACAACAAACCUUAAAAUGUUUCUCAGCGAUGUCAGCAUGUAACAAAUGUAGGCUUAUAACGAAUAUGGAUAUGACGAAGGUAUUUUUGCAUCAGAUGCAAUGUUAUUGUAAUGAGGUCGGACCCUAUUAUCCCAAUAUGUGUGCCUUUGUUUAGUCAUCUAGAUUUUAGAUGACACAAUAGCCUGUACAGCAAAAUGCAAAUCUCCAUCGUUUUCUCGCGGCAACGAAUCUACUAACAGAUGUCAACCAAAGAGUGUGUCAUGCGCUCAUUUGCAUUGACUGUGAUGUUAAAUAAAACAGAAAAUGUCUUUUUUCUUUGUGAUAUGCAGGCCUUUAGCUAAUUGUCCAAAGAAUGUGUUUAUUUACUUUGAGGGCAGAACCAAACAUUAUGGUUUGUGUUAUUGCACGAAGAAGCCUCACAUGCUCCUGUUGUUCUGGGACUUCCUCUGAAAAUCGUUUUGUUGUGCAGUAAUAUCUUUUACGCUUUACCUAGUCUGAAGCAUCCCAAUUAGUGCACUCAUUCUGACCAUUCGAUUUGAGACAUUUAGGUACUUGAACCAGGCUCUAGCUUAUACGGCAUUUGCUCUUCUGGAAGAUCCAAGACUUGUAUUGUUAGUGCCCAAGUUUCAGGUAGUUGGUGUUCACAUUACUUCCUGUUUAGCAUAAAAAGCAAGCUAUAAAAGCAGGCUGUAAAAGUAGGCUUGGAAGAGUUGAAAUACUAAGUUAUUGUGUUUUUCUUCCUCACAGUACUGCAUGUAGAACAUUUGACUAAAUUUCAUUGCAGAAUCGGCCAAAAUGAAUUAACAAAUAGCAAUUUUUAAUCAUAUAAUGUUUCUCAAGCUGUCGAACCUAUCAUGGGGUGGCUGCUUCAUGGAAAAUGUACAUGCUGCUUAGCACAGGAAUGUAUGCAGCAUGAGGUCUAUUUUUCUCUCUCUCCAACUCCAGCAUUUGCAAUGUCAUAUCUGAAGUUGGUCAGGCCGUCAUAUUGGCUGUAUAUGCUUGCCACUCACUGCUUAAUUGCUUGAAUAAAAGGUGCAGUUGCAUGAUCUGAUAGCAAGUAUGCGGACACAUCUGAUGUGUUGUUGUCCAUGCUUGAUAUGCUCGUUUCUGUACUAAACAAUGGAGAUGUCAUGCAAUGUCAGUUUGGCACAACUGCCAGAGUGUUUGCUGCAGUAGCCUGAUUUGAGUGUGUUGAGUGAGGUACUGCACUUUGCAGCGAGUGUGUUGCACAGCUUACAUGGAAUGUUUUAGGGUCGGCACUAGUUGCUGGCAUGUGAAAUGCACCUUGCCUUUCCUGGUUAUACACUUUUCUCACAUGGCCUGACUGCGACACUCUUGUCUCUUAAAGUUCUCUCCAGAGCGGGCAAACUUGUCUUGGGCAUGUUCACCUCAAGCACUGCAUUUGAUGUGUGUAGUCGUAAAGGAGCAUAACGCAAACAUUGACGGAAUUUAUACCAUUAAAUUACCAUUCUAUCCUAGGGACUACAUGGCAUAUUUUAUGUCAGUAAAUGACUUAGUUGCAGAGAAAGUUGCAGCUGAAGGCUUUCUUCGACAGCAGUUUGAAUCAGAUGCGUCAAGUUGUGCGAUGUGAACAGGAAUCAUGUGCUGCACCAGCUGUCUAGGAAGUCUGGCACUUCCAAGCAGAGAGACAUUCCUACAAACGGUGCCAACAUAGAAAUGCAACGAGGUAGCAUCAGCAAGUUCCUCUGUAUGGGAAUCCAGUAAAAUUGGCCAAACUGUUUUCUAUUUCAUGUUGAAAUGCGAUGCAGUUAUUUUUGUUGUCAGCGCUUGACUACUGUUUAGCAAUUACAAGCAGGGCUUUGGCACCGUAUUUUUUAGUGAUGCACCAUACCUACCCUACGCUCGCAUCAUUUUCUGGCCCACAAAAGCUCGGUUCUCAGUGUGAUGGAUAAUUUCAACAUUUUGGACUAACACUCUAACACUUAUAGCUUGUCUUGUCAGUGCUUGCACGGGAUGGUAUAUGUCUCGAGCAGCCAGGAGUGCUGUAAACAAAGUGUUUACAGAGUGUUUGAAGUUCUAUGUAUCAAAGCGGCACUGGUGGCAUGAGCUGGAAAUUGAAGCACGUGCGCAGCUGAUGGUACCCCGUGCUGCGGACCCACAGACUACAGAUCGUGGCAGUGAUUCACGCCUGAAAUAAAAUGCACCAUGGCAAACAUCAACGGAUCUUAGGAUGAAACUUGCCACUGCUUCGUCUAGUGUGAAGUGCAAGCAAGCUCUUCGUGUUUGGCAGGCUGGCAUGCUUUCUGCACAGUGCAUCGACUGUUCCUUUCUCUUAUUCUUCAUUGUUGAAAGGCUUGCACUUCCGUGCAUGCGCAUAUACACGUAACAUGGCUAGUAUGGCCUCAAAUGUACGUCACACACUGCCGCAACUGUAAAACCUGAUGGUUUGUAUGUACAUAACUGGCAGCAUGCUCUGCUGGACAGUGUGAAAGUGUUGUACCGAUGAAUAACAUCGUAGUGUGAGCGUGUAUACAGUGGUGUGGUGCAUUCUCCUUGGUGUGGGAGAAUUGCACUUGUGCCCUUCUUAGCAAUUUUUCUUGCCAUAUAGGUGUGUUGAAAAGAUUUUUCAGCGUGUGAACAUUGCGAGUCCUGAAACUAUUUCUUUGUGAAACUGUACAUUGAUACGUGAAAUGAUGGUGGGGUUGCCCAAACUGGAUUUGGCAAAGUUUCUAUCGGUGUGUGCAUGUUUUAGACACCUGUGUCAGAAAGAAAAAGCACUUUCUUGAACUUGCUUUUGAGUUUAAUAAUAAUAGCACUGUUUUGCUUUUGUAAUGGGCUUUUGAACUCUGCCCACGUGAAGGAAAGUAGAGGCUUUGGACUUGUACCUUUCACAACUUUGAUGUUGCACUUGCUCGUCAGUGUUACAUGUCUUGGAAUGUGCAUUCGAGUUUGGGUGUAGUCUUUGACUUAUGUUUUGUCUCGAUCAAGUUUUUACUGUGGAGGUCCCUUUUGUUCAUUUAAUUUUGCAUCGAUGUAGCAGAGGAGUGUUUUGGAAUACGAGCACAAUUUUGAUACAUUGUGGUCCCAUGCAUGUGUAAUAGCUGUUGUGCCUAGUUUGAGGGUUUGCGACGUUUGUGAGGGUUUGAUGUUUGUGAAUGUUGUGGAUGAAACUGGCAAUGUGGUUGUGCCCAUCAACUUCUUGUUAUUAUACAUAGUUUAUGCCCAGUGAUUGUUGUGUGCUGUACAAAUGUCAUUCAGCAAUGUUGUUUCACAUAAGCUGCCAACAAGAGAGUGCCUGCUCAAAAAACAGCAUAGAGGGUGCAAAUGUAAACGUCACAAACGUGCACUUAAUGUACUGCACAUUUGCAGAUGAGUGAAGUCACUUGUGUACUGUGUGGUUUCCUGUGUGGGAAUAUGCAGCGGUGACGUUAGCCCUUGAGGUGUCCUUUGCACCUCGGCUACAAUACUGGUGGUAAAAAGAGUGGUCUGUUGAAUGGAACAGUCUUGUUUUAAAGGGACACUACAGAUAAGAAUUAUUUGAGCUGUGUUACUUAACUACCUUUCCAUAUUGCCAGAAGAAGCCAAUCUUACUUUGAGAGGAGACAUCGUAAGCCAGGAAAGCUGCAAGAAUGAAAUACAAGUGGCAGUGCCGUUUCGAAGUUUCCACAUUAGCUCACCGUGACAUCAUAGAUGCUAUCGGCUUAUGCUCGAGCCUAGUAAAAUUUUUAUCAGUAUGGAUGGACAACAUUGCAUUCUAAAAGAACCAAAGACUGAUGUUGAAAUGUUCCAAAACUUUUACUGCAUAAUGAUGGUCCAGGUUAGCGAAAUUACCUUGAAAUCCAUGACGUCACACUAAUGUACCAGCACUGAAAUAUCAAUGUGAAGUUAUGGAAGUGUGGGCCUUUUCUCUUCUAGUACACAACAUCUUGCUGCGAGAUCAAUGAGUCUUGAAGGAAGACUUUAUCUGUCUAAACUGAUUUCGUGCUUUUCAUUAGUAUUCCUUUAACUCUUGAAGUGUCCUUCUCAUGUAGGCCAUGGCACUUGUGAUAAAAUGAAUAGCUUAUGAGCACAGUAAACUGCCUUUAAAACUAAUUCUCCUAAUACAAAUUUUCCAGAUAAUGUGAGCAGAAAUGAGGGCCUGUGUUUAAUUCCCACAAAUUCUUGGCGCUGCUGUGAAGCUAAACUUCUCAUAAGAGAGAGAUUUCCAGAUACAGAUUUCCAGAUAAUUGCCAAGGAGCUAAUAAUCCUCUCUUGACCGAUUUGUUUUAAGGCAUAGUAGCUUGGCACACAAGCUUUUAUUUUCUCCCAGAUAAAAGCUCUGCCAUAAAUAGCAGUGAACUUUCGUAUUACCAGACAUUUCAAAUAGGUGCUCUGUGCAAACAGCAUUUUAAGCUCUUUGAACAGGCCUGUCCAAGCAUCAGUGCUGGCAAAAAAAAAAAAAAAAAAAAGAAUCCAAACGUGCUUGAUUAGCCUGAUAAACCUAAAGAAGCUAGGGCCAGUAUAAAGCAACAUUCUUUUAUCUGAUGCUCCAAAAGAAGUGAUUUUGGUAAUAAUUUAGAUAGGCCAGUGGUUGUCUGAAGUGGAAAUACAAUUGGAAUAAAAUUGUUACAUUAUUCUGACCUAGCUAAAAUGAUAAAAUUGCUUAAAAAUUUAACUGAGUUGAUAUUUCUUCUUAGCAAAAAAUGAGAUGAAAAAUAACACUAGACAUACAGAUUUGUACUGCUUGCUUAUAUUGUUAAAAAAGAAAGAGUAUAUAUGCAGUAAGUGCAGUAAUUGAUCCACUGGGUUUUUUUUAAUGUACCUAGGUAUAUAGAAAGCCUGAGGAAAACAGCACAUAGACGUCUCGGCUACUGAAAGUGCAUUCUGCACAAUCACACAGGUUUUGGUUUAGAAACGCUUGUAAAUGUGAUUAUUUCUCAUUGAUUUCACUUUUCAGUGUUCAAGCUGAGAGCAAAAGUGUGUGUUUGUAUACCAACACAAAUGGACUCAAAUAUGAGGGCUGCAGAAAAACUAUAAUUAACAAAAAAGUGUCUACUUGCAUGUUGGGUACUGGGAUGACUUCGUUUCUUACUUGUAAAUUUCACUGAAAUUUACUUUUAAAACACGAUUCAUAUCUCUAGCCCCUUUGUAUAUGUAUAAAUCUGCCUCAGCUGCUGAACAUUAAAGUACGUAUUUAAACUCAAGAACAUUGUCGAGUAUGAAAUCAGAGCGAGGUGCAGAAGUUCUCUAUCAAUUAUUUAUUACUUUUUUUAACAGUGGGAAUAAAGUCGUUAUAACACUUAAUUUCUCAUGCAUUUUAUAAAAGUUUCCUGUAAUGUUAUUGCACCAUUUCCGUAUGGGUGAAAGUACACUACACAAAAUCAAACAUAGCUAGGAAGGCAAAGCCCUGGUAAACAGUGAAACAAGGCUGUAAGAAAAGAUGAUCAAUUUCUAGUCAAAGGACUGCACUCCCAGAAAUAUUUCUUAAGAGUUACAACAUAUUUUGGCCAUCAACAACAUGAGAGGGAAACAUAUUCCACUUGCUGAUGGCAUGAAGAAAAAAUGAGCUUUUGAAAACAUUGGUGUAACGGAAAAAUUUCUUAAUUUUAAAGCUAUUAGCUUAACACUAAUAUUUUGCUUGGCACAUUAUAGCCUGCACGGCUGCUGUGCCAUAAAAAUCGUAAAUCAUCAUUAUCAUAACACAAAUAUAACACUAAGCGAGGCAGAAGCAUAUACAUUUGCUUGUUAAAUACAGGUUAAGGUAUCUGCGAGAAGGUAUUUCAGACUAUUGAUAUCAUCGAAUGUGUACUAGCUAGCUGGAAUUAAAAGUUUAGGGUGCUAUAUGUCAUGGUCACAAUAGGCUAACUUUAUCAAAAUGUGGUUAUCUUGAGAACAGCAGCUGAGGAAAUUUAUCAGCCUUUAUUUUUUACUUUGGACAAUCUCAGUUCACUGGGUGCUAUGUGGAUAAUCUAAAACUGAUAUAAGUGUCAAAAAUGUAUUUACAAUAACAUGCAUGGACAACAACUAAAAUCAAUUCUCUGGGGCCAUACAACUCGUCUUGCCAACUUAUGUGAAUUACUUUUCUGCUGCCUUUGCUUCAGCUGUAUUUGCACAAGAAACUGCACUCAUAAUAAUGCAGCUUGUUUGGUAAAACAGCAGAUUUUAGCCUCGAAAGCUGUAUGUCACGAUGCGUAGUCUCUAGCUUGGCUCUUUGGGAACUGCUGGCAAAUUCUGCUGGGUAUAUUGGACAAGCUACCUGAAUCUUCGACCGAGCACUCGUGUCAUACACUGGUUUUUCAUUCCAAGUCUGCCAGAGAAAAACAAUGUUCCAAGCUUGAUCUCAGUGUAAAGUUGCCUCGUAUAUCUGGCAAAAGCGAUACAACAGUGAAGCAUGGGAGACCAUACUGUCGUUGAGCUAGUUGAUUGCCUCGUGUAUCUGGCAAAAGCGAUACAACAGUGAAGCAUGGGAGACCAUACUGUCGUUGAGCUUGUUGAUUCAGGAGCCAACCAGCGCAAAAAAAAUUCUCUGCUGGACUACAACCUGUUCUGGAUUGAUUUUCUUUUUUUUUUCAGCUCGAGUGUUCCGACAGAAAUGUCACAGGCUUGCAAGUAUCACUUGUAAUGUAGGUGGAAGCAUUUUCCAGUUUGCACGCCGUGGACGUAACUUGCAUGUCGUUGGCUACUGUGGGCCACUUUUAAAAGCACCUGCCUUUCGCUUAAAAUGUUUGAAGUUCCGUUCAGGUUAAUAAAACCUGGAAAUAUCAGCACCUUUUUGUUUUGUCAUCUAAAUUGACAUUUUCUCUUUCAAAGCUACCCUUUAUGAAGGAAGGUAUUUUACGAUCAUACUGGAGCUUUCAAGCUUCAUAGACAUACCAGCCAUUGUUGUGCACGUAUGUUAGAAGAGCCAGAAAGUUUUGUUAUGCAGAGCGUUGGCCAUAGCUUGGCUGUUAAACAGGAAGUUGAAAACAAGAUUCCGGUGAUCAAUAUAAAUCGGGUUCUUGGAUGCAUAUGAUGCUUACACUUGUACAUAGUUGUUAUGGGACGUGCACGUGUUGAAAACACUGAAGUGUUUAAAGUAUAGCAGAGAGUGUCUGCUGUAUGCGUACAUUUCACUGCGAUUUUUCAUUGAGCCAACUGCCCAAAUGCAACCAUCUAGAAUGCAGUGUGUGGAGUAGUAUUCAACAUGUCUAUAAAUUAAAAACUAAAAAAGAAUUUAAAAAAAGUUGAUCUCCUGCCUUGACUCAACAGCUUAUAGUGCUGGCAUUGUGAAAUGGAAUAUAUCUAUACUUGUAUACUGCACGUUCCUUUGCUGGUGUAUGUUGCAGAAGCGUUAUUAUUUUUUUUUUUUUGCUCACAUAUAUAAAAACAAUUGUAAACCAAUUUAUGCUUCCUUUUUUGUUUCUGAUAGCAGUAAAAAUAUUGCAGUUUUAGCCUGAAAUAUAUAUAUAUAUAUAUAUAUAUAUAUAUAUAUAUAUAUAUAUAUAUAUAUAUAUAUAUAUUAUAUGUUACUUUUACCAUAAUCUAGGAAUACUGGCAUGUAGCCAUGAAGGGCAGCAUCAGUGACAUCUACUUCAUGACAUUGUCUUCAUCAAAGGUUAAACAUAUUGUUAUGGGGUUACCAUCAGUACGUUUUACACAGUAUGUUGUACAGCAUGUUUCAUGUUCGUGCUGAAUGGUUGUUCUUGCAAGGGAAAAUAUAGCUUUGGUAAGGCUACGUUUCUGGUGAUAGCUAUAAGCCAACAUCUAAUCAGAACAAACGUUGCAUGCCACAUACAAUGCUUCAGCUAAGUCUCGCAAGAUGUCACCAGCAGCACACCUGCUCAUAGCUAUAUUAUGGCUACAUCCUCGUAUUCCAGUAGUAUGGUAAUUGUAACACAUACAUUCAAGCUGAAACUCUUUAAUAUGAAAGCACUUGUGCUUCUCAGAAGUACUAGUGAUAUUGAAAACCUGUGUGCUGGCUGUUUGGCAUUGUGUAUGAUUGAAUGUCUUACUGCGAUAACAUGCUAGUUUAAAAAAUGUGCAGACAAGCUGCAAUGAUGCAAAUAAAUUUUGUUUGCAACAA